GUGUAACACACCUUUACCUAGUUGCCUGCUGUACCUCCAUCCCCAUCAGUAAUAAGGAUGCAUGCACGGCCAUUGCUGUGAGUUGUGACUGCCCUGACACACGCAAGCUGGUAUAGCACAGUCACUGCAGAACACCACCAUGGGCUCCGCUUCCUCAUCAUAUCGUCCACGAGCUCUCUACCUUGACGUAGAUGGCAAAAUGCAGAAGGUGAUUUUUAGUCAACAUUGCAGCCCUUAUGAUAUCAGAGAACUUCUUUGUACUUCAUCAAACAUUGCAAGGAACACAGCCAUAUCACUAGUUGAUCCAGAAGGGGCCAUGGUUUCUAUCUAUCCCACCAUGCCAACCAACUCUCCCAAUUGUUUAUAUAAAGUAGUGCCACAGGCCACAAGUCAAGUCGGAGAGAAAGAAGAUAUGUUCCAGAACGUCUUGGCUCAGGUGGCAGAGCAAUUCAGCAGGGCCUUCAGGAUCAAUGAACUGAAAGCAGAAGUCACAAACCGAUUGGCCAUGCUUGAGAAGAGAGUUGAGUUGGAAGGCCUAAAGGUGCUUGAGAUUGAGAAAUGCAAGAAUGACCUCAGGAGGCUACGAGAUGAAAUGACUUCAAGGGGAGGGGGAAGAAUGAAUUGUGCCUGUAAAUACAACUUCUCCGAUGACGCCAAAAAACUGUCUCCCAGGCGUGACGUUCCGAGCUAUCCAAAGUACACGCUAUCUCAAGAGACUAUUGAGGCUCUGAAGAAACCCACAUUUGACGUCUGGCACUGGGAGCAUAAUGAGAUGCUAAGCUGUCUAGAGUACAUGUACCAUGACCUGGGGCUGGUGAAAGAGUUUAACAUGAAUCCAAUCACACUGAAAAGAUGGCUGCUGAGUAUUCAGGAGCAUUAUCGUGAAAACCCCUUCCAUAACUUCCGCCACUGUUUCUGCGUUAGCCAGAUGAUGUAUGGAAUGAUUCAUCUCACUAACCUUCUGGAAACACUCACAAUGACAGACAUGUGCAUCCUCAUGACAGCAGCAGUCUGCCAUGAUCUAGACCACCCAGGAUACAAUAACACAUAUCAGAUCAAUGCACACACUGAGCUGGCUGUGCGCUACAAUGACAUCUCCCCUCUGGAGAACCAUCACUGUGCAGUGGCUUUCCAGAUCCUCUCACUGCCCGAGUGCAACAUAUUUUCCAACACCGAGCCAGAGGCUUUCAAGCAGAUACGACAGGCUAUAAUUACUCUCAUAUUGGCCACUGAUAUGGCGAGGCAUGGGGAGAUACUUGAUUCGUUUAAAAAGAAAGUGGAUAACUUUGAUUUCACCAAUGAGGAGCAUGUCAAAUGUCUGAAGAUGGUUUUGAUAAAGUGCUGUGACAUCUCAAAUGAAGUCAGGCCAACUGAAGUAGCUGAGCCAUGGGUGGACUGUUUGCUUGAAGAAUACUUUAUGCAGAGUGACAGAGAGAAAUCUGAAGGGCUUCCAGUUGCUCCCUUCAUGGACCGGGACAAGGUGACCAAACCCACCGCGCAGAUCGGUUUCAUCAAGUUUGUCUUGAUACCCAUGUUCGAGACAGUCAUGAAGCUCUUCCCUCAGAUUGAGGAAAUUAUGGUGCAACCUUUACGGGACUCCCGUGACCACUAUGAAGAACUGAAAACGAUUGACGACGCCAUGACUGAGGUGGCACAGAAGAAAAAGUCUGACAGUAUGCCCCUGGGAGGAAAGAAAAAAUAAAAACAACUAUCUUCUAUCUGUGUUUAAGGGCUGUGCUUCACUGAGGAUCCAGACUACAGUCUUAACUGACCUGUCCACGUCAGCUAUAGCCACUGAGACCGAUCUUGCAAAACAUGUGAAUUGUUCACAAAACCUUAUUCUAUUCAGUAGAGGCCUUCCAGUUGUCUACAGGAUCCAACGUGGCAGUUUGACUUCGAGUCGAGUAUAGAUGUUAGAAUGUUUGACUGUGACUUUUGAUUCUGUUUAGUUGUUUUUUUUUGCUGCAUAUACUUGUAAUUUAUACUUUCACAAACUGUUACCAAGAAAAACUACAGCUACACAUACUCAGUAAUACCAAACUUAAAUCCUUGUGAUCAUUGUACAGUGUCAAAUGUUUGAUAUAUACAAUGUUGUUAUCACAGUAUGGUGUAGAUGAAAUACACCAUUUUGAUUUAUACUAAGCACCAUGGCAUCCGUGCCUGUAUGGCAACAAAUAAACACAUUUGUAAUUCUGUAUUAGGAGAAUUCA